UUCAGUGGGGCGCACGUGUUAGCGCGUUCUCCUCCACGUGCACCACACCACCAACGCGUCGUCCCUGCAGCUUCUACACGACUUCCAAAGAUCCCUCAAACUGUCAUUUGGCCGAAUCAACAUGGGCUUUCGCCUCUGCAUAAAACCACCGCUACAACCACACAGGCGGUGAAAACUCUGAAUCUAAUCCUUCGACCCUUCCAUCCGUUCGUUUCUCCGUUCUUCACAUCACGAGUCAUGCCUGCCAAAAGGAAACGACCGUACUCGAAUCUCGAUUUUACGCUGAGGAAGGUGUUCAAGAAGGCAAACUUUCGCCCAUUACAACGUGAAGUUGUCACAGCUACGUUGGAGGGUGAAGAUGUCUUCCUACAGGCAGCGACCUCUUUUGGAAAGAGUUUGUGCUAUCAGCUCCCCGCGGUGGUCGACUUUGGCAUCACCAUUGUGAUAUCUCCAUUGCUGGCACUGAUGAACAACCAAGUUGCCUCUCUGCGCAAUGCCAACAUUAGAGUCGAGACGAUCAACAGCACCACACCACAGGUGGACAAGAAAAGGAUCAUAGCUGACCUCCAAUGCGGUCAUCCUCUGACUCGCCUGCUCUAUGUAACACCAGAGUUCUGUCAGGGCGACAACUUCCGCAAGAUCCUACGAGUCAUCCACUCUCAAGGAGAACUGGCUCGCAUCGCUGUCGAUGAAGCCCAUUGCGUCAGCGAAUGGGGACACGACUUCCGCCCUUCGUUCCAGCAACUGUCAUUCUUCAAGAAGGAAUUCCCGGACGUACCGGUCAUAUGUCUGACAGCCACUGCAACAGCGCGUGUAAGAGACGACAUCAUCACCACGCUCGCCUUGGACCCGAAGAAGCUGAAAAUGUUCCGCAUGAGCACCAGCAGACCAAACCUUCACUACGAAGUCCGUUUUAAAUCCGACGCAGAGGACCACUACGACGACUUUAUCAAGUUUCUCAAAUCCAUUCACGCCCGCCGUGCGGCAAAUCCUGAGCGCGCCUCUCAACUAGCAUCUCAGAACCAGCGCUCAGACAACGUCCCAGGUAUCAUCUACACGUUAUUCCGCAAAGACUGUGAGUCCCUCGCCGCACGACUCCGCUCAGACGGCAUAGGCGCAAAGCCGUACCACGCCGGCCUCUCCGUCUCAGACCGUGCAGACGCGCUCUCAGGCUGGGUAGCCAACAAAGCCGGGUACGACGUCGUAGUCGCAACAACAGCCUUCGGCAUGGGAAUCGACAAAGAAAACGUACGUUUCGUAGUACACUGGCAGAUUCCCAAGUCCUUCGAAGGUUUCUACCAAGAAGCCGGUCGCGCAGGUCGAGACGGCAAAGCGUCGAUUUGCAUCUUAUACUACGGCCGCGAAGAUCGCGAUCGAGCUGCGCAUUCGCUGUCGAGAGAUAUUGCUCGUCAGCCUAAAGCAGGAACGGGAUUACAGGCUCAACAACAGCAGAUGACGCAUCGAGCGAAGAGUCUAGAGGCACUGGUGGGUUACUGUGAGACCACAAGCAAAUGUCGGCAUAAGCUCAUUGCCAAGUAUUUUGCGGAUGAGGAGACGCCAGAGUGUGACUUUGCGUGUGAUUGGUGUAAGGAUGCGGAGGCGUUGGUGAGGAGGAAGGAGGGUGGGUUGGCGAGUGAGGAGUGGUGUAGUACGCAGAGGGAAGCAGGGAGGUAUGAUAUUGAUGAGUAUGACUGAGGUGCUGUGUUCAUAAGGGAAAGAGUAUGGGGUUUGGAUGAGCAUUAGUAGGCGUUGGGAUAUAUCGUAUUUGCAUCUGUAGUUCAUUGUAUGUCAUGGUUCAUUCAUCGUGACUUCGUCUACGGACUGGCUU